AUGGCUAUGAUACUUACCCCCCACAUGUCGUUAAUUCACAUAUUUUUCAUGAUAUUCUCCCCAGUGGAAAGCUGGGUCUUUGGAUGGACCAAUUCAUCUGGCGAGACGCAGUUCGAAUCUGGGGUUGAAACGGAGUAUCGACCCUGCACACAAAUCCACCAGGCCAAGGGCGAAUUGGUCGACUGGGACUCGGAGGAGCAGCCAGUAUGCUGGCAGAUAUACCGAGACGUGGACUGCAAGAACAGUGGAGGACAUGCCUGCCACAUGCUGUCUAAAAAUGCCAGCGAUGACUUUGCUGCCUUCUCGGUGUAUCCGAGAGAUCCUUCAGCUACGGCGACCUCAACGUUCACAACGACAAGAACAGCCGCUGCUAGUACAACAAAUGAACAAGCUUAUACCACAUCACCCACCUCUAGUACGGCGAAUUCUUCAGCAAAAGGCCCCGGGCCGUCAAAACGAUUGUCGGGAGGAGCUAUUGCGGGGGUGGUCAUUGGAGGGCUGAUAGGCGUGGCCAUUGUUGCUGCAUUAGUUUAUCGCUUGGCCAGACGCCGGAAAUUAUCCGUGACAGUGAACGAGACCAUGAAGCCUCACUCCGAUCCAUCGAGUGCUACCUCUGAAACAUCCGAGCCGUACAUCGAGCCGUCAACUCCAGCAGCAAGCCCCGUUAUUCACAGCACUCAGCCAACAGUGGAGCUGGAAGCAGACUCGCCUCCAGUGGAGAUGAGUGAUAGCCAUCGUGUAGUCGAGCUGGAGACACCGGGAACACUAAAAACAAACCUUCGCUGA